CCGCCCUCAGGGGAGGAGGGGCGGGACAACUCUUUCCUUUCGUCAUUUCCGGCUCUCUGUCACUCCCGAGCUCUCAGCGGAGUGUGCGGCCGCAGGAACGGAGCAAUGCCCAAAUCAAAGGAACUUGUUUCUUCAAGCUCAUCUGGGAGUGAUUCUGACAGUGAAAUUGACAAAAAGGCAAAGAGGAAAAAGCAAGCUCUUCCAGAAAAACCCAUAAAGAAGCAGAAGACAGGAGAAAGUUCUAAAGCACCAGCUUCGUCCAAGCAGAGCAGCAGUCGAGAUGAUCAUAUGUUCCAGAUUGGAAAAAUGAGAUAUGUCAGUGUUCGGGACUUUAAAGGAAAAGUCCUAAUUGAUAUUAGAGAAUACUGGAUGGAUCAGGAAGGUGAAAUGAAACCUGGUAGAAAAGGUAUUUCUUUAAAUCCAGAGCAAUGGAGCCAGCUGAAGGAACAGAUUUCUGAUAUUGAUGAUGCAGUAAGAAAACUGUAAAAUCAGAGCCAUAUGAAACCUGUACUGUUUUAGUUGUUUUAAUCAGUCUUUUUACAUUGGCUUUUGUUUUCUAAACUAUUUGUUUUCCAAGCUAUUGUAUAUUUGGAUUGCAAAACAAUUUGUAAGAUGAAUCCUUUUUUUUUAAAUGUGCAUUAAAAGUGUAUUCUGAGUGAAGCUAAUUGUCUAUACUUUAUUAAAAAAGGAAUGCUUUGCAUCCACCACCUAGUGUAAAAUAAAAUCAAGUAAUAAAAUCUAACUGUUGUGGCCUUUUUUGAUCAGAAGCAUUGGUUACUGGUAAGGCCAAUAUUAACAAUUUGUAGAUCUUUAGUUUCAGCUCAACUAAUGUUAAGAAGGCAUUGAAUAGCAUUGAAUUUAACAAUAAACAUUUGAUUUGUGAAAGCUAGAGCUUAUCUUUUCUCUUCAAAAUAUCCAAAUAUCCAAAACUGAUUUGACUUUAACUUUUUCCACUGUCAUAAUUUUACUUCUUUCCCUCUUUAUUUCUUUUGUUUUUCCCUAGGGUGGCUUGUCUUUUUGAAACUUAAUUUUACUUCUUUCCCUUAAAUAAUAUAAUGUUAGUAUUUAGAGACUUCAGUGGUAUUGAAAUAUUAAGGUAUCACUUAUUUAGGUACCAAUUGUCAAUUUAAACACUGUAUAUAGAAGCCUUAGAAUUAAUUCUACUGUAAUAAAUAUUACUUUACACUUAAAAUGAACUUUGCUUGUAUUUACUCCAAGCAAAUGUAUGUUAAUUACCCCAGAGUUUUGUGUAGUUACCAAGCCACCUUGUUUAGUCUGCAGAAAAUCAUGAUAUGAAAGUCUUAAUUUGCCUUUACUUUUGAAAGAUGUUUACAGAUUUUUAGGAUGAUGUCUGUAAAAUCAGAUAUUGUUGUUAAAUUACCUCAGAUUAGGAUUUAAUAAAAAUCCAGAAAGUUUACUGGUCCUAACAUUUUAUUUUAGAUACAGAGAGUAUGGAUAGUAUAUAGACUUUGCCAUCUGAGAGUAUGAUAGUAUAUAAACUUUGUCAUCAGAGAAAUAAUUGCGUUUAACCAUGUUGCUAUAUUAUUAUAGUAAACUUUUAUAAGAAUAGACUGAUACUUGUUUUCUAUGGUUUCUCCCACAUUAGUCUGUUGGGAAUGAUAUUGUUUUGGCCAUGCACUUAGUGCCAAUAUGUACCUAAGUGGAUUUGAUUGACCUACACUUAGUUAGCUUUUAGCUCCUUUCCCCUAUUGUGUCUGAAGAGGGAGGCACAGGAAUGAUGAAAUAGAAAAUUUGAUAAUGAACAUAAUAGCUAUAAGAUCUGAAGAGGGCAUUGAUAGUGAUGUGUGUGUGUGAAACCAUGCAAUACUUGUGAAAAUCUUGUGUGUGUUAAAGGGAAAUGUAACUGAGUAGUUAGAAAAGAUGGGGAGAACUUUAGACUGAAGGCAAGUAGGGAUAAAAAUAUUUAUAUUUUGAAUGAUCCAAAAUUGAUCACAGUUUUAGAAUAGAAUAUACAUUCAGGUAGGACUAUGAAAAUUGAGAUUCUUUUACUGUAGUGGCACUUUAAGAUCAAUUCAUAUAACUAUGCGACUAUGAUUUACUCAUAUAUUGUUUCUUAAAGGUUUUUUAAGAAUAAAUUCUUGUUGACAGAGUGGAUUUGGAUUUGGUAGCAAACCCCUAGUGACUACUACCAUCAGUCAGCUUAGCUAUUUGACAGUGUUUCAUUGGUUCUCAGUGAAUGCCUAGGAACUCCAACCUUCCUAUUAAGUGUAUUCGUUGGAUUUGCAGUCUAGAAAACAUUUUAUAAUAGAGUAGUCAAGAGCUUAAUUUUAAGACUAUUUGGCCAAUGAAUAUAGUUGCUGAUUCUUAACUAAAAGUUACUCUUUUUAAGUGAGAUUUUGUACUUUUUAGAUGAAUUCUUAUAGUAUCUUGCAUUACAUUUUGAUUAAGUAUAUACUUUGGGGGAAUAAGGAAAUUCUUGAUAUAUAAAAUUACCUAUGAUAUAGACCAAAAGAUUCAAAUUGUAUUUCUGUAGACUGAAAUUUUGCCCAAUUUUUGAGGGAAGCAUUUAACCCUAUUAUGAUUUAAAAGUAUCGUUCCUUUCUGACUAACAAGGUGUAUUUCAAAGCUUUAAAUGAAUUUGUAAGCUAACACAUUAAUAAUAUACUUUGCUAUUGUGAAGAUGGUGCUGAAAUCCAUCAAUCUAGGUGUUGAGCAGCUUGUUAAAAUACUUAUACAUAGAGGUAGUUGCAUUGAUAUUAGUAAUAACUUGUUAUCUGUUAAAACUACACAUCAAAUACACCCACUGAGUAUUCAAUACAUGGUUAAUUUUAUUAUCGUUUGUGUGGGUUAAAGGGAAGCAUUAUCUUAUUCAUCAUUCUUUAAAGUAAAAUCUCUUGACAAGUAAAAUUUGGCCCUGGAAGUAUGAUACUUAAAGAACUGAUGUAUUGAUAUUUAGGCCUCAGUAAAUUGUACUAUUACUCCAGCGUGUGAACCUAUUAUUAAUGCAACAACAACAAAAAAACUCCUGAUGCAUUUUCCUCUUAUGCUUUAUAAGUACAAAAUGCCUUUUAUAGAAAACCACCUACUUUGUCAGCUCUUAAAGAUGUUUUGAUGAUGUUCAGCCUUUUUUUUUAAAUAGAAGAAGCAGUGGUAUGUAAUGGAAAAAGUGCUCAAUGUGGAGUUAGUUUUCUCCUCUAAAAUGAGAGGGUUGGAUUAGAUGAUGACCUAUGAAAUCCUUCUAAAUCUAGGAUCCUAUGAUCUGGGUUCAGUUUUGGGCUCUGACAUUGACCAUGGACAAGUCACGUCUUUGUAUAUCAGUUUUCUAGUCUGUAACAUGGAGAUGAUAAUAGUUCGCUUCUGGUUCUGAGGAAAAUGCUCUGUAAGCCUUAAAGGAAUAUUUAUAUAAAAGCUCUGAGGAUAUUUAGAAAAAUUAGAAGAAUUUUUUUGAUGAUGAGGAAAGACAGAAAUAUCUUUGUAACCUUAUUCCAAAAUGUAAGAGGUUAUAUGGAAUUGUAAGCAAAUUUCUGAAGUGUCACAGUCUGGAAGAAGUGUUUGAAUAGCUCCAAAAAACUAAUGACAAACAUGUUGCAGGUGACUAAUGCACAUUGUCUGUUUUCCUGGGUUUUUAGGCAACAUUGUUCCUUGGUAGCUGUGCAUUGUGCUGUGGUGUUUUAAGAUUUGGUAUAUACCCCAUAAAAAUUAAAGCUGUCCAAUAUUAGUAAAAUUCAGUGUUCAAAAGAAUCAAGAGUUGAGUAGAUCAGUGUGGUAGAUUGACAACUCAGAAAGCAUAUUUGGAAUUGGGUGAUACAGAAUAAAGUCUUUGAAUAAAAUAUUAGAGUCCAUUGACUGGUUGAAUAUAUACUACAUGGUUCACACUGGUCUAAUAGUUUAUCAUUGAUGUAUACAGUAUGAUUUAUACCUGAUAAAUGCCAGUAGGGUGAAAAAUCAUCAGUGGAAAAUGUAAAUGCAAUUUGAGUAUGCCUGUACUAUGUACUCCUUUUUAGGUAUUUCUUCUAAUGGAAGCGAGGCCAGCAAAAUACUCAAAACUAAAAAAUUGUUUGGAUAUAACAUGAUGAGAAUGCUAUCUCUAGGGGAUAAAAAUUCAAAAAUUACAAAUGUAUAAUUCAGUUUGUUAACCAUUGUGGAAUGUCUGUAUGCUUUGGUACUGUCUGCCAUGGAGAAUAUAAUGCUCCAUCUGUGACUAUCCUAAAUGUUGAAAUAAAAAUGAGAAAUGUGCUGUUUAUGUGA